AUGUGGGGUCAGAGGGGGACGGCAGAGGGGGCCGUGUGGGGUCAGAGGGGGACGGCAGAGGGGGCCGUGUGGGGUCAGAGGGGGACGGCAGAGGGGGACGGCAGAGGGGGCGGUGUGGGCUCAGAGGGGGACGGCAGAGGGGGCCGUGUGGGGUCAGAGGGGGACGGCAGAGGGGGGCCGUGUGGGGGGGACGGCAGAGGGGGCCGUGUGGGGUCAGAGGGGGACUGCAGAGGGGGCCGUGUGGGGUCAGAGGGGGACGACAGAGGGGGCCGUGUGGGGUCAGAGGGGGACGGCAGAGGGGGCCGUGUGGGGUCAGAGGUGGACGGCAGAGGGGGCCGUGUGGGGUCAGAGGUGGACGGCAGAGGGGGCCGUGUGGGGUCAGAGGUGGACGGCAGAGGGGGCCGUGUGGGGUCAGAGGUGGACGGCAGCGGGGGACGUGUCGGGUCAGAGAGGGACGGCAGAGGGGGACGUGUGGGGGCAGAGGGGGACGUGUGGGGGCAGAGGGGGACGUGCGGGGUCAGAGGGGGACGCCAGAGGGGGACGUGCGGGGUCAGAGGGGGACGCCAGAGGGGGACGUGCGGGGUCAGAGGGGGACGGCAGAGGGGGACGUGCGGGGUCAGAGGGGGACGGCAGAGGGGGAUGUGCGGGGUCAGAGGGGGACGGCAAAGGGGGACGUGCGGGGUCAGAGGGGGACGGCAAAGGGGGACGUGCGGGGUCAGAGGGGGACGGCAGAGGGGGAAGUGUGGAGUCAGAGGAGGACGUGCGGGGUCAGAGGGGGACGGCAGAGGGGGAUCUGCGGGGUCAUAG